AUGCAUCCAGCUAGUGCUAAGAUGUAUCGGACUCUACGUGAGUACUACUCGUGGCCGCAUAUGAAGGGUGAUAUUGCUAAGUAUGUGAGCAGAUGUCUGAUUUGUCAACAAGUGAAAGCGGAAUGCCAAAAACAAUCUGGACUUAUGCAACCACUUUCGAUUCCUGAAUGGAAAUGGGAGUAUAUCACAAUGGAAUUCGUUUUCAAACUUCCAUGUACUUCCAAAGGGCAUGAUGGAAUUUGGCUGGCAAAACUCUUUGUAUAUGAGAUAGUGAGAUUGCACGGAGCUCCUAUGUCCAUUGUGUCGGACAUGGAUGCAAGGUUCACGUCUCACUUCUGGAAGUGCUUACAUGAGGCUAUGGGUACUAAGUUGCAAUUUAGUACAGCUUUUCAUCCUCAGACUGAUGGACAGUCGGAAAGAACCAUUCAGACCUUGGAAGACAUGUUGAGGUCUUGUGUAUUACAGCUGAAAGAUAAUUGGGAUACUCACCUUGCCUUGGUGGACUUUGCAUAUAACAAUAGUUAUCAUUCGAGUAUUGAGAUGGCUCCGUAUGAGGCUUUGUAUGAGAGGCAGUGUAGAACUCCUAUUUGUUGGAAUGAGGUGGGUGACAAGAAAGUGGAAAAGGUAGACAGUAUCCCAGCAACAAUCGAGAAGGUGAAGAUGAUUAGAGAGAAGUCAAACUGUUGA